UACAGUUCCCAGGCGCCCCUGCGCUGCGGUGCCGGCGCCGGUUGGGACGCGGAGCCGAGGAGCACUGCCGGGCGCCAUGGCCCCGUGGGGCGAGCGGCUGGCUGGAGUGCGCGGGGUGCUGCUCGACAUCUCGGGCGUGCUGUACGACAGCGGCGCAGGCGGCGGCACGGCCAUCGCCGGCUCGGUGGAGGCGGUGGCCAGACUGAAGGGCUCCCGGCUGAAGGUGAGGUUCUGCACCAACGAGUCGCAGAAGUCCCGGGCAGAGCUGGUGGGGCAGCUUCGGAGGCUGGGAUUUGACAUCUCUGAGGGGGAGGUGACCGCCCCGGCACCGGCCGCCUGCCAGAUCCUGAAGGAGCGAGGCCUGCGACCAUACCUGCUCAUCCACGACGGAGUUCGCUCAGAAUUUGGUCAGAUCGACACAUCCAACCCAAACUGUGUGGUAAUCGCAGACGCAGGAGAAAGCUUUUCUUAUCAGAACAUGAAUAACGCCUUCCAGGUGCUCAUGGAGCUAGAAAAUCCUGUGCUCAUAUCACUGGGAAAAGGGCGUUACUACAAGGAGACCUCUGGCCUGAUGCUGGAUGUUGGUCCUUACAUGAAGGCGCUUGAGUAUGCCUGUGGCAUCAAAGCUGAGGUAGUGGGGAAGCCUUCUCCUGAGUUUUUCAAGUCUGCCCUGCAAGCGAUAGGAGUGGAAGCCCACCAGGCCGUCAUGAUUGGGGACGAUAUCGUGGGCGAUGUCGGCGGUGCCCAGCGGUGUGGAAUGAGAGCGCUGCAGGUGCGGACUGGAAAGUUCAGGCCCAGUGACGAGCACCAUCCGGAAGUGAAGGCUGAUGGGUACGUGGACAACCUCGCAGAGGCGGUGGACCUGCUGCUGCAGCACACGGACAAGUGACAGCCUCCUGGGAGAGCCCUGCUUCCUCCACCCCUGCCUCUCCUCCACCCACCCCAGUGCCCAGACCAGCCAAGGCCCUGACAGCCCUGCCUUCUGCCCUCUGCCUUGCUGCAUGGGCAGGCAUUUGUUCCCUACCUGGGUGGCCUGCUCCCCUGCCUGGGCCCUGACUUCAGCUCACUGUAGUGAAGUCCAGGAGGGUGGGACAGACCUGUCAGGCCUCUGGGAAUCUCCCAAACCCCAGAACUCACUCACCCACCAUGCGCACCUGGUCCUUUAAAUGCGGGAAACUCCACCUAACCGGAUUCAGAGGCACUGGCCCCGCUGCCUCCUCUUCAGACUCUUAGCAGUUCAGUGAAGAGCCUGGAAGAAACCCAGGGGCCUCCUAUGCACAGAUCUUGCAGCCCAGAACCAAGUCCGCCUCCUGCGACUGCCUAGGCACACUGCCCACCACCCCACCCCCGAAACAAUGCCAGCCCGCUGCUUUUUCUAUCCUCCCAGUCACCUUUGCAAAGACCAGGGGCAGCUCCUGAGGGAACUGUGAAGGCUCCCAUGCCACACAGCAAGAACUGCAGCCUCUGCGCCCAAGGCACACAGGGUACUUUCUGGAGCCAUUGCUGGACAGACUUAAAGGUGUCAUGCCCGGUGUGUGCAGGAGGAAACUAACAGUUCAAUAAAUUCCGCCUUGACCAGCA